AUUUGGCGUGUAUAAAGCAGCGUCUUUCUCUUCUCUUUCUGUACCACCAAAUCCCUACAUUCUCUUCUCCAAUUCCCCUAUCUUUUCAAUCUCAUCAGAUGAAGUUGGCAGCUUAAUCUGCUGUGUCUGCUGCUUGUCAAAGUGGAGAGUGUUACGAUUGCAUCUUCUUUUAUGUCUGAACGGGCCUCUCUCUCUUUUUCAUCUGUUGGAUUGCUCGGAGAGUACUGUCCCACUUUUAGAGAGAAGAAUAUAAUCUCCUCUUCCGAAGUUGUAUGCAUGCAUAUUGAGGUCUAUAGCACACACAGUCUCGGUUUCCAUUUUAUGCAACCUCUUCCAAGUGCAACAGUUUGAUCAAAGAUGGCUUUGCAAAAUAUUGGUGCUUCGAAUAGUGAUGAUGCCUUUUAUAGGUAUAAGAUGCCCAAAAUGAUAACUAAGAUUGAAGGGAGAGGAAAUGGCAUCAAGACUAAUGUAGUUAAUAUGGUUGAAAUUGCAAAGGCUUUGGCUAGACCUGCCUCUUACACUACGAAGUAUUUUGGCUGUGAAUUGGGAGCUCAAUCAAAGUUUGAUGAGAAGACUGGAACUUCACAUGUAAAUGGGGCCCAUGACACUGCUAAGCUUGCGGGGCUUCUUGAGAACUUUAUUAAGAAGUUUGUUCAGUGCUAUGGUUGUGGGAACCCCGAAACAGAGAUUAUUAUUACAAAGACACAGAUGAUUACCCUAAAAUGUGCUGCAUGUGGAUUUAUUUCUGAUGUUGACAUGCGAGAUAAGCUUACCACAUUCAUUCUUAAAAACCCACCAGAGGCAAAGAAGUCAUCAAAAGACAAGAAAGCAAUGAGGAGGGCUGAAAAGGAAAGACUCAAAGAGGGUGAGGCUGCUGAUGAAGAGCUGAAGAAGAUUAAAAAAGAGGCUAAAAAGAAGGGUUCCUCUACUACUACUUCGAAGGUUGCUGCUCCCAAAGGUGCAGUAACGAAGAAGAAAGGCAAGCAUUCUGAUGAGGAUUACUCCCCUGAACAAAGCCAGGCCGAUGAGAAUGAGGUGGCAAGUUACGAUGACGACGAUGUCCAGUGGCAAACAGAUACUUCUCUGGAGGCUGCUAAGCAACGCAUUCAGGAGCAGUUGAGUGCUGUUACUGCAGACAUGGUGAUGCUAUCUACCUGUGAAGAGAAGAAAAAAUCUGUAAAGAAGUCUCCGGAGCAUGAUGUUAAGGCACCUGAAAAGGUUGUCAGUGCCCAUGAGAAACUUGUUGAUGAGAUAAAGGAACAUCUCAAGAAGGGGUCUUCUCCUUCUCAGCUUAAAUCCUUCCUAGGUUCGCUCUCUGGAACUUCCCAAGAAAUCACAAAUGCCCUUUUUACUGUACUCUUUGAUGAUGUUGGAAAGGGGUUUGCAAAGGAAGUAACUAAAAAGAAGAACUACCUUGUAGCAGCAGCGGCAGCUGCCACCAAAGAAGAGGGAUGGCAAAUGAUGCUCCUACAUUCUAUCGAGUCAUUUUGUGGCAAGGCAAGCCCUGAUGCGGCAAAGGAGGUGGCUUUAGUUAUCAAGGUGUUGUAUGAUGAUGACAUCUUGGAAGAAGAGUUCAUCAUGGAGUGGUACCAGAAAGGAAUAACUGGUAGUAGUAAGAGUUCUCAGAUAUGGAAGAAUGUCAAGCCCUUUCUUGAGUGGCUCCAGAAUGCCGAGUCGGAGUCGGAGUGAUUAUGGAACUCUUGGUAUGACGGUUAAUUUCAUUUCAAGUAUGUCUCUCAUUUGGUCUUGUUAAAUAAGUUACAGCCCUCUGUUAUUUGAGUAGUUUUCUUGAUCUUAA